ACGGCCGUGAGGCUCGUGAGCGUUGGUGAGCGUCGACGAGAGGUGUAGUGAGGUGUUGUUGUCCGCGCGUUCGCGCCUGUUUAUAACCGACUUUGUGCAGCGAGCAGCCGUGCGGUCGCCGACGAUGAGCGCCGAGGAGGAAGUGCUGCGUAUCCAGAAGAAGCUCAACAAGAUGUCGAGCGGUGACGGGACGGGUCAGGAACAGGCUUUGGAGUUGCUCAAGAUACUUCAGAAGUUGCCCGUUGAUUUGGAGCUUUUAACUAAGACACGCAUUGGAAUGACUGUAAAUGCCUUGAGGAAAUCGAGCAGAGACGAGGAAGUUAUUUCUUUAUCGAAGACUCUUAUUAAGAACUGGAAAAAGUUUUUAUCUGGAUCGAAUAAAGAGAAAGACUCCACUUCGUCGAGUAGUUCAAAGAAGAAGGACGAGAAACCGGACAAAUUGAAAGAAGAGAGCGAUCAGAAGAAGGAGAAAGAUACAACGGAUGCCGCCGAAGUAAAAGUGAAGGAAGAGAAACCUGUCAGAGACAUUCAAAGGAAACAGUCUUCUUUUCCUGCUCCUACCACAACAGAUGCGGUCAGAUUAAAAUGCAGAGAACUGCUGGCGGCUGCUUUACGCGUCGACGGCAAAGUCGUCGACGGGUGUGCCAGUCCGGAAGAGUUAGCGGAAGAAUUGGAGGAAGCAAUUUAUGCGGAAUUCAAAAAUACCGAUAACAGAUACAAAAAUAGGGUACGCAGCAGAGUCGCCAACCUGCGUGACGUGAAGAAUCCCAAUCUACGGACGAACUUCUUGGUAGGUGCAAUCACGCCUGCCAGGUUAGCGGUGAUGACUGCGGAGGAGAUGGCGAGCGACGAGAUAAAGCAGCUACGCGAGCAAUUCAAAAAGGAGGCCAUCAAUGACGCGCAACUUGCCACCGUGCAGGGAACCAAGACCGACUUGCUCAAGUGCGGCAAAUGCAAGAAGCGCAACUGCACGUAUAACCAAGUGCAAACGCGUUCGGCCGACGAGCCGAUGACUACCUUCGUGUUGUGUAACGAAUGCGGAAACCGAUGGAAGUUCUGCUAAGCUACUGUUUCUUGAUCUUAUACUAUACCGUGACGAAAUGUAUCUCUCAAUCAUCAUCCGCUUAGAAUUCAACACUUCUAAGUUGAUUAAACAUCGUGAUAUAUACUUGUGGUUUCUUGAUUAUCGCGUUGUAAAAGGAAACUCUCUUUCUCUUUAAUUAAUCGAAUGUACGACAUAAUUUUUCAUAUUUUUCAAAUAUCGCUGGCUUUCUUGUCAGAGGAGAUCAUGAUAUUUCGAGAUAAAUAUCUAUUGUAAAGAUUUUACAUCUGUUAAAAGUUGCACGCAAAUCUUCUAGUUUCUCUGGACCAUCUGAAACAAUCGUGAAAAUUCUUGUCGAUCGAGUAACCGAAUUACGCAGACGAGCGACAGAAUGUACAUUGAUUCAUUGAACAUAGUGACAUUUUUCGCGAAGAAUACGUUUCCAUAUCGUUGUAUAUAUUUGAAACCGCUCCAUUAGAUCAGAGCUUCGAGGAAAUUUGAAUGCUCAUCCCGAAAGCGAGAAUAUCUAAUAAAUAUAUUUCGUAAAAUACGUAAACGGCAUUUCGAUUCAUGCGCUUUUAUUUUAAUUGCAAUUGUGUUGUGCUACGAUUGCAAUUCCGACUGUAAUUCAAUCCGCUGUAAGUUUUCGAUUAUGCGCAUAAUAGUGUGAUAUAAGUAGAUCACUUUGUCACUGUGCUGAAAUUCAGAUGUUUAUAAGAGCUAUAAAUUGUGUCUACAAGUCUGAAAUAUACAGAUACGUACAAUA